UGUCUCUGUUAAAAACCAGCGUGUGAGGGGUUUUCUGUCAGCUCCCCUGGUGACUCAGAGACCGUUCGAGCCGGGUCAGGGCGGUGCUUUCUCUUUUCCGGGUCUGGGACUUUGCUAUAAAGCUUCGGUCUGUUUAGAUCACAUGAUAAGGUGAGCGGAGUGUGAUGCCUUUUACAUCGGCUUUCUCUGCACUGUAAUCCAAGAUGGCAUGCAUUUCCAACUCCAGCUCUAUUGCCUUUUUCAGAAGCAGCCGGGGUGGCAGAGACAUGGCUGCAGAUGACAAAUCCUCAUCGUCUUCGACGGAGUGGAACAUCGAGCCGCCGGCCUCCUCUCCCACCAGCCCCUCACACCUGACCCACUUCAAACCACUGACUCCGGAGCAGGAUGAGCCUCCGCUCCGCUCCGCCUACAGCUCAUUCGUCAAUCUGUUUCGUUUCAGCAAUAAAGAAGAAGGUCGUCCUGCGGUUACAGUUUCCGAGAAGCCUGACGUCCCGCCUCCUCGGCGGCAGGCAGAGAGACGCAGCUUGUCCUCCAGUCCUUCCCACUCUGUCCACAACUCAAGGACACACCGGAAGCAGCAUCCCGACAUCCUCAGACGCACUUCUACUGUCUCUAAUGGCAGCAGGAAGACUGAUACAUCUCUCAGCAGUCAUGACCCUCGCACUGCUGUACAACUUCGUACCGCACUGAAGAGGCUGAAGGAGAUCAUGGAGGGAAAGAGCCAGGACAGCGAUCUGAAACAGUAUUGGAUGCCCGACAGCCAGUGUAAGGAAUGCUACGACUGCAAUGAGAAGUUUACCACCUUCCGCCGCAGACACCACUGCAGGCUGUGUGGCCAGAUCUUCUGCAGCCGCUGCUGUAACCAGGAGAUCCCUGGAAAGUUCAUGGGUUACACAGGAGACCUUCGGGCUUGCACGUACUGUCGAAAGCUAGCACUAAGCUACACUCACUCUGCAGACUCCUGCUCCAUCGGUGAGGACCUGAACGCCUUGUCGGACUCUCCCUGCUCUGUGUGCGUGUUGGAGCCCAGCGAGCCUCGGACACCAGUGGGAGGACGCAAAGCCAGCCGGAACAUCUUCCUCGAGGAAGACCUGACCUGGCAAAGAAAAACUCCUAUUGGGAUGAGAAAGAACAUGAUUCACCAAGAGCCUCAGAGCACCGGCCUUGCCUCCAGACUCUCCACCCUCCAGGAGGAUGUGGGGAAGUCACCAGCGAGGAAGAGGUCGGCCAGUGUGACCAACCUUUCACUGGACCGGUCUGGAUCCACCCUGGUUCCGGCCUACGAUAGCUCAGUCAGUCCGCCCACCAGCCGGGCCGUGGCUGGCACGAAGAGCGGCACCAAGCUUGACCACAGUGAGGAGGAGAGGAAGAUCCUGCUGGAUUCUUCCCAGCUCAAGGAGCUUUGGAAGAAGAUCUGCCACAGCAAUACAGGUAUGGAGUUUCAGGACCACAGAUACUGGCUGAGGACCUACCCCAACUGUAUUGUGGGAAAGGAACUUGUUAACUGGCUGCUGAGGAAUGGUACCAUCUCCACCAGGGCCCAGGCUAUUGCAAUAGGCCAGGCAUUAGUAGACGGUCGCUGGCUUGAUUGCGUCACUCACCAUGACCAGCUGUUCAGAGAUGAGUACGCCCUUUAUCGCCCCCUGCAGAGCACAGAGUUCUCGGAAACGCCCUCUCCAGACAGCGACAGUAUCAACUCCAUCGAGGGACAGUCAGAGCCAUCCUGGUUCAAGGACAUCAAAUUUGACGACAGCGACACAGAGCAACUUGCCUAUGAGUCUGACUACACCGUGCCAAGUAGGCAUGACACCCGACAGCUUGGUGAGGCUGAGUGUGUUGGUGUAUGUAUUAAAACCUGUCUCUGUCCAGAUUCUGCCAGCCCCAGCAAGAGGACAUCGGUAAGCAGCUUCCAUUCAGCGGUGGACAGCGACUCCGCUGCCUCCAUCAACCUCAACAUGGAGCAGAACAAUGUGAACUUUCACAUCAAGAAGCAGUCAAAGUACCCACAUGUGCCACCUCCUGCAGACCAGAAAGCCGAGUUUCUCAUUUCGGAGGACGGAGGGCAGAACAUCAUCAUCAGUGAUGCCUUCAUCAAAGAGUCUCUGUUCAACCGUCGCGUGGAGGAGAAGGCCAAAGAAAUGCUGUUCACUCCGCUGGGCUGGCACCACAGCUCUCUGGAUCAGCUCAGAGAGGAGAAUGGGGAGAAGAUGGCCAUGGAGAGGCUGCUCUCAGCCAACCACAGCCACAUGAUGGCGCUGCUGCAGCAGCUGCUCUACAGCGAGUCUCUGUCUCUGUCCUGGAGGGACAUCAUCGUUCCUGUGGUUCGGCAAGUGGUCCAGACUGUCCGGCCCGACGUUCGCAACUGUGACGACGACAUGGACAUCCGACAGUUGGUGCACAUCAAGAAGAUUCCUGGAGGCAGGAAGUUUGACUCCAUGAUGGUAAACGGCUUCCUGUGCACCAAGAACAUCGCCCACAAGAAGAUGAACUCCUCCAUCAAGAACCCCAAAAUUCUGCUGUUGAAGUGUUCCAUCGAGUACCUGUACAGAGAAGAAACCAAGUUCACCUGCAUUGAGCCCAUUGUGCUCCAGGAACGGGAAUUCCUGAAAAACUAUGUUCAGCGGAUCGUAGAUGUCCGCCCUAACCUGGUGUUGGUGGAGAAGACGGUGUCGCGUAUCGCUCAAGACAUGCUGCUGGAGCACGGCAUCACUCUGGUCAUCAACGUCAAAUCGCAAGUCUUGGAUCGAGUGAGUCACAUGACCCAGGGGGAUCUGGUGAUGUCCAUGGACCAGCUCCUCACCAAACCUCGCCUGGGAACCUGCCACAAGUUCUACAUGCAGCCCUUCUCCCUGCCCAACAACGAGUCAAAGACUCUGAUGUUCUUUGACGGCUGCCCGCCUCACUUGGGAUGCUCCAUCAAACUGCGCGGCGCACCAGAGUAUGAGCUAGCCAGGGUGAAAGACAUAAUUAUGCUGAUGGUGUGCGUUGCCUACCACUCCCAGCUGGAGAUCUCCUUCCUCAUGGACGAGUUUGCUAUGCCCCCCAGCUUACCCCAGAGUAGCUCCUUUCCAUGCCUCCUGGAGUGCUCUGCUCCCGAUGAGGAGAUGGACGGAGACAGCAUGGAGAAAACGGCAGUGAGCGAUAACUCUACGUUGGGGGAACAAUCUGAAGACGCACCUUUUCCGGAGCCUUCAACUAAAACUGAAGAUAUAGAUAUUCUCAGAGUCACGCAAAACCCCCAGCCGGUUCUGUUGUCCGUCCAAGAGGAGGCUGGAAACUCUGAGACCAGGACUUCUUCUCCUUGCUCCAGUCCUCCCCCCCCUCCUCUAUCCAUCUGUCCUCAGUUCCUUGUUGGGGAGGAGCAGGAAAUGGGCUCAGACACUCUGGUCAGCACCUCUGAGGGGGAGACAUUGGGAGAACUUGGUUUGGAGGAUGAGGAGCGCUCAGGUACCCCCACCCCUAAGUUAUUCCGAGACCCCUUGCAGGACGACACAGGGAUGUUCAUUGCUGAACACGUGGACUCCUCCGACGACCGCCUUAAGUCCAUCUCUGCUGUGUUUAAACAUGAGCUAAAGGACAUCAUCCUGUGCAUUUCCCCCUUCAUUACUUUCAAAGAGCCAUUCCUCCUCACACCAGGGGGCAUGCACUGCCCCAGCAGGGACUACUUCCCUGAAGAGGUCUACCUGUCUCCUCUCCUCAGCAAGGACCUGAAGGAGCUAGAUGGACGCAGAAAACGCCAGCUGCUCAAAGACUCAGCUCCAUCCUCUGCGGCCAGCGGACAGACCAACGGCACCACCCAGCCCAGACCCACCGACGUCCUGCCCUGCCACGGCCUCACCACCACCCGCAUCGUGGAUCACCUGAGCAGCAGCCAGGACCUGGCCAGAAUGUUGGCAGACUACAGAGCAAAAGGUGGCCGGAUCCGGCAGAAAGAAGCAAGCGACGCUUUUGGCUCUGCUGGCCCUGCUGCUGCAGGCAGCAGCAGCCAGAAUCGGGCACCAGAUGUUCCGGUCAAGCCGCUCGGAAAGGCUGAGAGCGAGGAGGAGAAAACAGGCAAACAAAAUGACGUGAACUGGACCCCAAAGCUGGACUGUUUGAACCCGACCAACCAUCAGAGGCUCUGUGUGCUGUUCAGCAGCUCCUCCCUUCAGUCCAACAAUGCGCCCAACCCCUGCGUCAGCCCCUGGAUCGUCACCAUGGAGUUCUAUGGCAAGAACGAUCUGUCGCUGGGUGUGUUUCUGGAGCGGUAUUGCUUCAGGCCAUCGUACCAGUGUCCCAGCAUGUUCUGUGAGACUCCCAUGGUGCAUCACGUACGCCGCUUCGUGCAUGGCAGCGGCUGCGUGCAGAUAGUGCUGAAGGAGCUGGACUCGCCCGUCCCAGGCUACCAGCACACCAUUCUUAACUACUCAUGGUGCCGUGUCUGCAAACAGGUGACUCCAGUGGUGCCUCUGUCCAAUGAUUCGUGGUCCAUGUCUUUCGCCAAAUAUUUGGAGCUUCGCUUCUACGGCCACCAGUACACCAGGCGAGCCAACGCCGAGCCCUGCGGACACUCCAUCCAUAAAGACUACCACCAGUAUUUCUCCUACAACCAGAUGGUAGCUUCCUUCAGCUACACCUCUGUCCGGCUGCUGGAGAUCUGUCUUCCUCGUCCCAGGAUCUUCAUCAGGAAUCUGGGCCCGUCCAAAGCCAACCUGCAGCAGGACCUAAAGGACUUCUCUCAGAAGGUGGUUCAGGUGUACCUGGCCAUCGACGACCGGCUCACCUCCCUGAAGACCGACACGUUCAGUAAGACCCGGGAGGAAAAGAUGGAGGACCUGUUUGCUCAGAAAGAUAUGGAGGAGGCGGAGCUUCGCAGCUGGAUUGACAAGCUUCAGGGGCGCCUGCAGUCGUGUGGCCUGGACUCCCCUCAGCAGCUGCAGGUCGUCAUGGAGUCACUGGUGGUGAAGAAGCAGAAUCUGUGUGAGAUGCUGCAGUUCUGGAACAGCAGACUCCAGGACCUGUUCCAGCAGGAGAAAGGCAGGAAGCGUUUGUCCGUCCCACCGAGUCCAGGCAGACUCCGACCCAACACCACUGACGACACCAAGAGCGCUCUGGACUCCUCCCCUCGGAACCCGUCCCCUGUGGUCCAGAAUGGGGAGAAAGAGGACCGCCACCUGUGCCCGCUGCCCUCAACCACCUCGUCCUUGCUGCCGUCACCUGCAGACCCCGGAGCUGAUUCCACCACAACUGGACCAAGUUUCAGUGAACCGGACUCCGUCAGCAUCCCUGAAGAUGUGUUUGACGGCCACCUGCUGGGCUCUACCGACAGCCAGGUGAAGGAGAAAUCCACCAUGAAAGCCAUCUUGGCCAACUUUCUGCCUGGCAACAGUUACAACCCCAUCCUUAUCCCGUUUGAUCCAGAUAAACACUACCUGAUGUAUGAACAUGAGCGGGUGCCAAUCGCCGUGUGUGAACGUGAGCCGAGCUCCAUCAUCGCCUUUGCUCUCAGCUGCAAAGAGUACAAAAUGGCGCUGGAUAACCUGUCCAAGUUGUCCAGCACAGCCGGAGAGGACGCUCCGCAGCCUGUCAGUGCAGAGAAUCGGGUGAAGAGCAGCCCUGCGAGGCCCAGUGAAUCUCUGGCCGCGCAGCAGAGUCGCAUCAGCGCCGAGGGCGAGCCUCUCAAAGAUGCUGAUUCAGCAGAUAAGCAGAAGAAACAGACGGUGAAUCCACACGUCGAGCUCCAGUUUUCAGACGCCAACGCCAAGUUCUACUGUCGGAUCUACUACGCUGAGGAGUUCCACAGGAUGCGAGAGGAGAUCAUGGAGAGCAGCGAGGAGGACUUUGUCCGCUCGCUGUCCCACUGUGUGAACUGGCAGGCCCGAGGAGGGAAAUCUGGAGCCGUCUUCUACGCCACUGAAGACGACCGCUUCAUCCUGAAGCAAAUGCCCCGGCUGGAGGUCCAGUCCUUCCUGGACUUUGCUCCGCACUACUUCACCUACAUCACUGGAGCCGUGCAGCAGAAGCGGCCGACUGCGCUGGCCAAGAUCCUGGGAGUUUACCGGAUCGGAUACAAAAACUCCCAGAACAACGCUGAGAAGAAACUUGACCUGCUGGUUAUGGAGAAUCUCUUCUACGGCCGAAAAAUGGCUCAGGUGUUCGACCUGAAGGGCUCUCUGAGGAAUCGGAACGUGAAGACGGACUCUGGGAAGGAGAGCUGCGAGGUGGUUUUGCUGGACGAGAACCUCCUAAAGCUGAUCCAUGACAACCCACUCUACAUCCGCUCCCACUGCAAGGCCAUCCUCAGGGCAGCCAUACACAGCGAUGCCUACUUCCUGUCCAGCCACCUCAUCAUCGAUUACUCCCUGCUGGUGGGGCGGGACGACGCCACUGACCAGCUGGUGGUGGGGAUCAUAGAUUACAUCAGGACGUUUACCUGGGACAAGAAACUGGAGAUGGUCGUCAAAUCCACUGGAAUUCUGGGAGGUCAAGGGAAGAUGCCCACCGUGGUUUCUCCAGAGCUGUACAGGGCUCGUUUCUGCGAGGCCAUGGAUAAAUACUUUCUGAUGGUGCCGGACCACUGGAGCGGCCUGGGGAUUAACUGCUGAGCCAGACACCCAGCAGUCCAAUCCCAGCUCGUCAUUCCACAGCAUUUAUUCUGCUUUGCUUGGACACACUGCGGUGACACUCUGGACCCCCUCGUGUUCUGGUUUUCUGUUUGGUUCCAUUAUGUCCAUGAGUGGACCUUCAGAAACAUUCAGCUGAACAAACCGCUUCCAGUAAUUAAUGUUUGUAUUUGUACAGAGAUAUGUGACUAUUAAAGAUUAUUAGCACUA